AUGGCCACGCCUGGGUUCUCCGCCAGCACGUGGCCAUGCACAGGAAUGCAGCCUGUAAUUGUCCAGUGCGGCUGGAUCCUUGAGGUAGUGUUCCAAAGUAGAGACGUGGCCAAGAAGGCCAUGCAGGACGCUGCUAUCGCUAGUUUCUUGCGUUUGCCUUGUCCCCGCUUCGCAGUCCUGCCUUCUCUGGCUAGAGGAGAAGCAAAGACAAACCAUUGGCGGUCGGUUCAUCGAAUUGUUCCAGUGGAAGGACCACUCGAAGGCAGGGAGGGUCAUGCAAAAUUGGAGCGCAAUUUCCUUUGCUGCGCAACCUCGAUGAACCACCGAGUGUCUAGGAGAAGACAGCGGUGGCAAACACCACGACACUCAGAGAUGGUCAACAGCCAGCAGGACUGGGCCAUGCGCACACAAAUAUUCCCUGUGAAGCUCAGGAAAGUUUAUACCGGGAUUCUCAAGCACUUUGACGCCCAGCGGAAGUGUGGAUACAUCCACUCGCCAGAUGCAGAGGUGACGAAUGGGGCGGACAUAGGCAAGCAGGACAUCUAUGCCUUUAAAGAUGUGCUGGAGCGUGGCAAAGCCUGCGUGGGUGACACGCUCGCUUUCCCACUACACUGGUCUCCAAAGGGACAGCCUCAGGCUUCUUCCCCCCUGAUUCGCAUAUCAGCCAGGAAAAGCUAUGCCCACACUGGCAACUUCAGGCUUUCGCCUGCAGACAUGAGCGGCCGACAAGCGGGCAUGAUCGAAUGCGCAGAGGUCAAUCAAGUCUUCGGGCGCACAGUCUACGUCGGCCCGUCCUUGGCGGCCACUUUGACGCCAGGCACCUUUGUGGCCUUCAACUGCUACUUGAUGUCGCUGCCUGCGGCGUUUGCCCGGGCGCCGCUGGACGGUACCAACGUCCCAGUUUGUAGUCACGCCAUCAUGGUGGAGACAAACUUCAUCUCCCCAGGGCCAGAGCUCAACGAGACAAAGACUGCAGAGGGGUUUGACAGAAACCCUGGCAUCAGAGAUCUGGUUUCUGCGGAUGCAGACGGAGAGGUUUGCCGCUUCUUCGUGCAAGCUGGCUGGUGUAAGUACGGCGAUAGCUGCAGACAUAAACAUGUUCAAGGAGGGAAGGGCGCAGCAGCGCCGAGGGAGAUUUGCGCUUUCUUCCAGAAGUCUGGCUGGUGCAGAUUCGGCGAUGCCUGCAAGCAUGCGCACGUGCUGGGCUCUGCCCCUCCCCCACCCCCGCCCAUGGCACCUUGUGGACCAGGCCCGAACAUGGGCCAGGUGCCAGGCGGAAUGAUGCCCAUGGCACCCAUGGCGCCCAUGGGCCCCAUGGGGCCCAUGUAUUGA